AUGACAGCUUUUCUACAGAAACUUAGAGAUGCUGGGCAGCCCAAACCGACAGUUUCCAGAAAGUCUCAGUCACCGGUAAAAGUACCCGUGUGUCCACCUGAACCAGAGGAUGACUUUCUUAUCCUGGAGGAUGAUGCACCUAUUCGUUUCACCAUCCUCAGUCAAAACGCCACAAAAAGGAGACAGAGGCUGAACAAAACCUCCAGCACCGAGAAAGACAGCUCAGCAGACAAGGGGAUGAAGGAUGUUUUGGUGUCAGUAGAGACGACACAAAAACAGCAGGAAUCGGAUCAGGCAAACGGAAAACUUGAGACUGUCAAUCAGAAAAUGAAGAAGAAAGGGAAAAAGAGACAGAGAGAAGUGACUGAGACAGGAAGUGACAAGGAUGAAUCGUCCACUCCUGAGAAUUUUCCUGCAGGUGACUUGGUGGAAAAAGAUAAACCAAACCAAAAAACUCAACAGCGCCUCAAGAAGGAGAGCAACAAGGCAGAAGACAAACCCGAAGACACAGCCAGCAGUAAAACAACAGAAGAAGAAGAAAACUCCACAAAACCCCAGAAGUCAUCUGAGGUGAAGAGAUCAAAGUCUUCAAAAUAUGAAAAAGCCAAGACAAGCAAAGCUAAAUCAUUAAAGCAGACCAGAAAAGAGAUGCAGGGAUCUGAAGGAGUAAAAGAGACGGUGAAAGUACAAAGGAGCAGUGAGGAGGAUGCAGAUGUUGAAGACUUGGCUUCUCUUUCAGACAAAGAAAUCGGAAAAUCUGAAGCACAAACAGCAAACGAAAAAAACAAACAGAGCAAACAGUCUGUUUCUGUGGGGAGUUCCUCUGAUGAUGGUCAGGCAGCUGGGAAAAGGAAAAGAAAUCCGCCAGGACAGUGGUGGUUGCUCUGCCCCGAGAGCACAGAGGAAACAAAGGUUACAGACAACCAGCCGAUUCUGAAAAGGUCAAAACUGAGUCGUAUAGAGCUUGGAGCAGAAAUAUCACCACCCGCAGAAGAUAAAAAUGAUGGACUUUUAAAGCAAACACAUCACAACACAAAUAAAAAGAAUAAGAAAAUAAAACUAAACAAACACAGAACUACAAGAGGAGACAACCCUGACAAGAUGAAAGCAACAGUUGAAGAACAGACUGAAGAUCAGGAGGACCAGGAUUCAGCACAGUCCAGCCCUUUGGUAUUUUCACCCAGAGACCACAGCUCAGGGGAUCAGAUAUUUCGCAGAGUGUAUCAUCACAGCAAUUCCAGUGCACCAGCAUCACCCAUCUCUCCUCGGAGACCUUCAGAGCAGCUCGGGACAACAAAACAUGACAAGCGGAGUAGGAAGCCUCCUGGUCAAUGGUGGAAAGCUGAUAACAUGUCUGAGGACGUGGAGAGCGUCUCCUCCCAGCCUCAGCAGCUCAACCCCAAAGAGCCCAAACCUCGUAGAGAAAGAAAAACGCUGUCUAAACAAAGCAGAUCUGCUCAACUUGGUACUCCCAAAAAGGGCAACACGGAAGUCUUGUCAAAACCACCGGGGGGAGCUCCUGUAGUUCCUCUGAAACCGAGGAGGGCUCCAGAGACUGUGAACCACAUGGCCAUAUUUAAAGACAUUUUUACUUCAGCCACAAAGAGCUCUGCUGCCAUCAACAAAAAAGAAACAGGCCAGAAUAACAGGCGUGAAGUCACUGCGUGUCCUGCUGACAACUCUGCUGCUGACUGUGCAGCACUCAGUAACACCAACAAAAACAUUGUCAGGACAGAUGCUGGUGAAUCCAACAACAAGAGCCCACUGACCACAAGGCGUCACAGCACGUAA